CGUAAUAAAAUCAUACAGAAAAAUCGUGAAAAGAUACUUGAUGCCCGUGAUAAAAUAGCAGAACUGACACGUCCCAUUGGUGAUGUGCGCCAACGUUUGUUGGCAAAAAAGCUGUCUGCUAAUAGUGGACUCAAAUCUCGCGGUGGUUCAAAGAAACUGUAUACAACCGCAUAUCGAAAUGGUGUGUUGAAACCUAAGCCCGGUUUGAAGAGCACACAGCCUUUUUUACGACAACCAGCACAUGUAUCAGCCCGCUUGCCAGACUUAAUAAAUGUUCCUCGGGGCUACGUUGACUAUGAUGAUAUGGAACGUUUGGAAGAAGAGGAAAUGGCUGCCGCAACACGUAUAACUCAAACUGUGAGGAAUCAGUUCUAUAAACCACCAGAAUUGCUUUCAACUCGAACUGUGAACAAUCAGUUCUAUAAACCACCUGAUCGCCACAUGUCCCCAGAAUUACCACCACCACCGCCCAAGGGCAUACUGCGGCCCAGUACACGGCAACUAAGCCCAGACGUUUAUCAACGCCGUUAUGUGCCAGAGCUACCAUCACAUCUAUCUUAUGAGAUGCGUUCACGUUUGGAACGUGCUCCUGAUCCGCAUGCCUCCAUGGGAAUAUUUUCCAAUCCAUUGAAGUCAUCAUCCUCAUCAGGUUACCGUAUCGUAGUCAGUAAUUUGCACAGCAGCGUAACUCAGUCAGAUAUUCAGGAACUUUUUGAGGAUAUUGGUCCUUUAUACGAUUCGCGUUUAGUGCGGCCCGGUGUUGCUGAAGUUAUAUACAAAUCAUUAACGGAUGCAGAAAAGGCGGUAGAUACUUAUCACAAUCGUCAACUAGAUGGCCAGCCAAUGAAAUGCCUACUAGUAAACCCCCGAGCUUCCAACAAGCCCACCGCACCUGCAUUGCCCACAAGCUCAAGUUCUCGCGGCCCUUCAGGAAAGACACCAUUGGAAAUUGAUAUCGACGCAUUGCACAAGGUGCUCUUCCAACGUCAUUAGCAUUAUCCUUACAAAUAAUAUGAAAAUAAGUAAAAUACAGUGAGCAUAAUUGGAUGUGGUUCAAAGGGGCAGCAGUAUUCAAUUGAAAAUGUGCUGAAUAUAGAUGCAAAUGUUUUGGGCCAGCUUGCAGAUAAGACAAACACCUAAAUAUCAAUAUCUAAAUGGAUGUAUCAGUAAACUUGAUUAUUAUUACAUAUAUAUGUA